UUUUUAUUUCUAUGAGACAGUAAUGAAAUUUUGCGAUUAAAAAACAGCGUCAGAAAGAAGCGAAAUAUUUAACUUUAAAUAUACUACAUCAUACAUUUGUUGCUGUAUGGUCCUUAGGCUCUUCCAUAAAAAUUCAAAACCUAUCUUCCAAAUACAUCUAAAUAUGCGUGUUUAUACUAUUUCAACUCAUUACCUGAUCAGUUCUCAUACUAGUACAUAAAAAGUCGGUGCGCUCUUGAACAUACUCAAAUUUACGUAAACCACCUCCUUUAGCAUUCUUUUUUUUCUGUAGGACCUCUGUUGCUUUAUUACAUAUUGUAAUUUAUUCGAUAAAUUCUUAAAAGUUUAUUACUUUACUUUAGAAAUGCACUCUGCCGCUCCGGUUCGUCAGUCUUCUUUUCCUGGAAUUCUUCAUCAGUAUACCAGUAAACUCGUUGGGUUUGAAUUCAUUGGCUCCAGUGGGAAAACUAUUUCUUCCAACAAAGAGCGACCUUUGCUUCUUUUUGUAGGUGGACUUGGAGACGGUCUACUAACGGUUCCCUACGUUCCUAGUUUAGUAGAACCUCUCGACAAACUGGGCUGGAGUGUUGUUCAGGUUAACACUCAAUCAUCUUAUAUUGGAUGGGGAACGGGAAGUCUUGUUCGUGAUGACGAGGAUUUGCAUAAAGCCGUUGAUUUCUUUGCUCAUCUCGGCGGCGCUGACUACAAUUCUAGGAAAAUCGUUUUGAUGGGCCAUUCCACAGGGUCUCAAAACGUCCUUUAUUAUCUUUCUCAGUCUCCUCUUGAUAACCAUUUAGCCGCUGCAAUUGCCCAAGCUUCGGUGUCUGAUCGUGAAGGUUGCUACAAUACGAUUGGCGUUGACAAGACAGAGGCGUUAGUUGCUUGGGUACAAAAGGAAUACAUCGAAAAGGGACUUGGCGAUGAUGUUUUACCUAGAAGCAAGGUUGCUCAUUCAAUGGGUGAUACCCCUGUGUCUGCAAAUCGCUUCAUGGAUUUAGUAUCUAUUCGUGGUCGCGAUGAUUUUUUCUCUACUGACUUAACUCCCGAUGAUUUUGCUAAGACAUUUGGCAGUAUCAAACCAAUCACUGGAACUAACGAUUACAGUCGUCUUGCUUUGUUUAUGUCUGAAAAGGAUGAAUUUCUUGCAAAGAGUGUCAACCGCGAAGAAAUUGUCCAAAGAUUUAGAGAAGCCAUUCGUCCAUCGACUUCUAACAGUGACGCCAGUGGGGUCAUUCCUGGAGCUACUCACAACGUAGGAGAGGCUUCUGAACCUGGAGCCUUGGAAUGGCUUAUUGAACACCUUGUCAAAGUAUUAAAGCAAGUCUAAUGAAAAUACUUGUUUUAAACAUUUAAACGUUGAUAGAUUGGGAUAGAUCAUUCCAUUUAUGAAUUUUGCUAGAAAGUGACAUCCAUCUAUAAUACAAGCUACAGUUAACAAGUGAUGUGGAAAUAGUGUUGCCGAAUUACACUUUAGAAAUCUAUGUUUACAAUCCGAUUGGAAAUUACAGAAGUUUACUAUGCAUAGGAAAGACGAUGAGCUAUAAUGUAUUUCCAUUCCACGACAUUAAAACAUUGCAGCAUAUAGUCUCUUCCAAACAAAAUUAUUAACACGUCUUC